GACACGUUUCCUGUCAAGAUGGCGGAUAAUCUCCCUUCGGAGUUUGAUGUGAUCGUAAUAGGGACGGGUUUGCCUGAAUCCAUCAUUGCGGCUGCAUGUUCAAGAAGUGGCCAGAGGGUUCUGCAUGUUGAUUCAAGAAGCUACUAUGGAGGAAACUGGGCCAGUUUUAGCUUUUCAGGACUGUUGUCCUGGCUAAAGGAAUACCAGGAAAACAGUGACAUUGUGAAUGAAAGCCCAGCAUGGCAAGAGCAGAUCCUUGAAAAUGAAGAAGCCAUUGCUCUUAGCAGGAAGGACAAAACCAUUCAACAUGUGGAAGUUUGCUAUGCCAGUCAGGAUUUGCAUGAAGAUGUUGAAGAAGCUGGUGCACUGCAGAAAAAUCACGCUGCUGUGACAUCCGCGAACUCCACAGAAGCUGCAGAUUCUGCUUGCUUGCCUACAGAAGAUGAGUCAUUAAGCACUGCGAGCUGUGAAAGGCCUGCAGAACAAACUCCAAGCAGUGAUGCAGAGAGUGCUCUAGAAGUAAAUGAUGCUGAAGCGACAGGGGAGAAAGAAAACCAUUGUGAUGAUAAAACUUGUGUGCCAUCAACUUCAGAAGAGGAAACAGGUGAAAAUGUGCCUACAGUAGAAGACACGGCGGAGCAACCAAAGAAAAAUAGGAUUACUUACGCACAAAUUAUUAAAGAAGGCAGGAGAUUUAAUAUUGAUUUGGUAUCAAAGCUGCUGUAUUCUCGAGGAUUGCUAAUUGAUCUUCUAAUCAAAUCUAAUGUUAGUCGAUAUGCAGAGUUCAAAAAUAUUACCAGGAUUCUUGCAUUUCGAGAAGGAAGAGUGGAACAGGUUCCUUGUUCCAGAGCAGAUGUCUUUAAUAGCAAACAACUUACUAUGGUAGAAAAGCGAAUGCUAAUGAAGUUUCUUACAUUUUGUAUGGAGUAUGAGGAACAUCCUGAUGAAUAUAAAGCCUAUGAGGAGAUUACAUUUUCUGAAUAUUUAAAAACUCAAAAAUUAACCCCCAACCUCCAAUAUUUUGUCCUGCAUUCAAUUGCAAUGACAUCAGAGACAGCCAGCAGCACCAUAGAUGGUCUCAAAGCUACCAAAAAUUUUCUUCACUGUCUUGGGCGAUACGGCAACACUCCAUUUUUGUUUCCUUUAUAUGGCCAAGGAGAACUCCCUCAGUGCUUCUGCAGGAUGUGUGCUGUGUUUGGUGGAAUCUAUUGUCUUCGCCAUUCAGUACAGUGCCUUGUUGUGGACAAAGAAUCCAGAAAAUGUAAAGCAAUCAUAGAUCAGUUUGGUCAGAGAAUAAUCUCUAAGCAUUUCCUUGUGGAGGACAGUUACUUUUCUGAGAACACAUGCUCGCAUGUGCAAUACAGGCAGAUCUCCAGAGCAGUCCUGAUUACAGAUAGAUCUGUACUAAAAACAGAUUCAGACCAACAGAUUUCCAUUUUGACAGUGCCAGCAGAGGAACCAGGGACUUUUGCUGUUCGGGUCAUUGAGUUAUGUUCUUCAACAAUGACCUGCAUGAAAGGCACAUAUUUGGUUCAUUUGACUUGUACAUCUUCUAAAACAGCAAGAGAAGAUUUGGAACCAGUUGUGCAGAAAUUGUUUACUCCAUAUACCGAAACGGAGAUAGAAAAUGAAGAAGUUGAAAAGCCAAGACUUCUGUGGGCUCUUUACUUCAAUAUGAGAGACUCUUCAGACAUCAGCAGGAGCUCUUACAAUGAUUUGCCAUCCAACGUUUACGUCUGCUCUGGCCCAGACUGCAGUUUAGGAAGUGAUAAUGCAGUCAAACAGGCUGAAACCCUUUUCCACCAAAUCUGCCCCAAUGAAGACUUCUGUCCACCACCACCAAAUCCUGAAGACAUUAUCCUUGAUGGAGACAGUGUGCAACCAGAGGCUUCAGAAUCCAGUGCCAUACCAGAGGCCAAUUCGGAGACUCCCAGGGAAAGUGCAAACCUGGGAAACCCAGAGGAGCCCUCUGAAUAAUGGAUAUGCACCAAACUGGAUACCCCACUUUGGAAAUUCCUUCUGGCCUCAGAGUCUUCUUGAUGGAAGUACUGUUUGAAAAAUGUUAGAAAGCAGCAGCCAGUUGACAUGCAGAAUUACCAAGAGAAACAGGUCAUAGAAAUCCAAAAGGGGGUUUUCCUUGAAGAGGACAUUCCAAGAACACAGAACACUUGUAAAGCACAUUGACUUGCUUGCUUUAAGAACCAAACCUGUGGAAUUAGCAGAUAAAAAUUAUAAAUGGAUUGAUUCCCAAGAAUAUAGCUAUGGAUAUGAAAGUGAUCCUAAUAUCGUUAAUAAUUCUGUGGUAUUAGGACAGCUUUUGCUUGCCACUUUGGAUCUUUGUUUGAAAGCCACAUCUUCAGAAUCAGCUCAUAUAUUUCCUCUGGUUAUUUGAAUUAUAUUGUCUUUGUGGGUAUGAGUAUCAUGACACAAAUGACAAAAGCAUAUUAAGUAUAGUUGAGAAAAAUUAAACUAUCGUGAUCCAGGCAGGAGCCUAUGUUUGGAAUAGAGGUUUGUUUUGUUUUCUAUCUUGAGAAGUAUUGAAAAUUCUAAUAUUAAAGUAGACAUUUUUACAAACAAAUCGUGAGUCCACUACUCAGUGUUUUUUUAAUGUUAGCAGUGAUAUUUGUAUGUGAAUCAUUUACACACUAGGAGAGCUCAGUACUGAAGAAAUGGAAGGAAAGACUUGGAUAGGCUUAUCAGUAUUUGGAAAUUCUGUCUAGUCAAGAAACUGGAGCACUAGCCUAAUCGACUAUGGACCUAAUUUAGUCCUAGCUGUGCUACUGACAUUAGGCAAAUUGUUUAAUUUCUGGGCCUUGGUUCCUCCAUAUGUAAGGUGGAAAUAGUAAUACUCUGUCUACUGUGCAAAUGAUUUUGAAGAUAAAUGCAGUGCCAUCUUUAGAAUGGUUUUUCUGGAAGAAAAGAUGUUUCAGAAUUUUCCCCUUAACUUGGAAGUGAAUUUCAGAAAUCUCCUGCAGCAAAUACUUGUUUGCUGUCAACUCCCCCAACACAAUAGAUGAGUGUUUUUAUUGUAUUAAGCUUUUAAAAUAAAAAUCUAUUUCCUAAAUUAGUAUUUUAUAGUCUUAUACAUUAGUAAGCAUAGUAAAAUGUAGAAUUGUGGUUUUGAAUCUUAAUAAGGAAAACACUCUCUAAGUUCUUCAUAUUCCUUUUCUGGUAGGUAAACCUGAAACCAUCAAGGACUCUGAUAGAGUAUGACAACUGGUAAGCCCUCAUAUGCACUUAACAUAAAAAUGUUCAGGCUGUACAUAGGCAGCAAAUCUAGUUACAGUGACAGUGCCUAUAUUAAAAUUUUUCCAAAUGCCAAGCGCUGAUGGUUUACUUUUUUUGAGCAAUAGUUUGGACUUAAUAACUUACUUCAAUAAAUAAAUACAUGAAAAGUUUAUUGCCGUGCAGUCUGGCCUAUAUCGCUGAUCAAGGAGCCAUGGCUACCAUGGAAGCACAUAGCUCUUCCACGCUGUAGCUGCAGCGCAGCUCUGACCUCUCCAGAUUUCUGCGCAGAUCUUAAAGGAAGCUAGCUCUGUUGGCUCACAGACUCAUGGGAAAUGGAAAGAACCAAGGAAUGUAGCUUUUGCCUCACCUUUCCAGACCCCUGCAGAUAUAGCUCAAUCCAGAUGAAAGGAAAACCUCCCCAGCCUCUCAGGCUAUUCCUAACCCCUCUGCCCAUUGUACAGCCCCUCUCCUGUCUCUUUCGUCCCCUUUCCCUCUCUUCCCCUUUUAUAAUGUUAUACAAAUCAGGGACAGUAAAUCACAUUAAAACCUACUUUGAUAUAUGAAUUCAGACCUUGCUUAAGUCAAAUCAUGUUUCCUAAAACCCAACUGUGGCAUGCACUAAAUGCACAAUACAUGCCUAUAAGCACCGGCUAUUGGCCCUGCCCCUCAAUACCAGCAAUAUAAAAGGUUCCACUAUAUGAGAGUAUUAGUCUGAAUACAAUUGCAAUUAAGUUGCACAAAUUAAGAUAUUAUAUUUUGUUAUAGUCUUAGAAUUAAGGCCUCUCUGAAUGCAUCAUGCACAUUUGUGUAAACAGCUAAUCAGGGUAGGCCCAGAAUAGCUAGAAAAGUUCUGACAGCUUUACUGCAGCUAUCUCUGUGUAGAACAAUGAAGGGGAUAUUCUGUGGUCUCAUGGCCCAACCCAUAUUGUACCCUAUUUCAUCCGUUAGCUAGCACCAGAAUCUCUCUUCCAGGUUAUUUAUUAAAUACUGUUGAAACGUUUAAAAGCUCCUCAAUAUGGUUAGUGAUAAUUAAGAUACAACUGUUAAAAACAUUGUGUUAGAGAACUUUAGAUAUUUCCUGUUGCCUCAGAAUGUAAGAGAAAUUAUUCUAAGAGCUUUCUUUCUAGCUAUCUUAAUUACUGCAAAUAAAUAAUUUGUUUUCAUAGUUUUAAGACAAAAAAAACCUUUUUGUUUUGUAAGACUGUAAGCCUGAAGUCAUAUGAAUAAAAAUAAUACGUUGUAGGUGAUGCAGAAAUUUCAGUAGCUAAUUUAAAAUUUUGGAAAUUGCUAUUAUCAAAGAAUUUUGAUUCGUGUGUUUAAAAUGUUUAGUUAUGCAUGCUUCUUCUUAACCAAAAAUGAUAAUGCCAUUGAGUUUAGAGAUCAAUAUGAAAACCAAUUACUAACCCUAUGUUGAUACUGUAUUUUUGUCUAGUUGGUAUGCCUGCCCAGGAAAACAUAUAUAUAUAUUAUAAACAUAUAUAUUUUUAUAGGAAAGCUCAGUUAUAAUUUUUCCCUAUCUCCUAUGAUGCUUAGUUGCCCAUAGUAAAAUAGCAUGUUAACGGUUAACUUCUAGAACGGUAGUUUCUGAGAUUGGCAGCCUUUUGUCUAAAAUAAUGGCCAUGCUAAUGAUUAACUUCUGUUACAUCUGUCGUUCCCAAGAAGGCAGCCCUUUGUCUAAAGUCCUUAAGACUUCAAAAAAAUUUGUUGAAAUUUGAUUGCUAAAUAGUAGUGAUCCUUUAAAGCAGGAAUUAAACAAUUUUCAUACAAAUAAGUUAUUUACUGCUAUUGGUAUCAAAUAAUUUCUCUUCUGCUCUUGGUUAAUUUUCUUAUAUGCAUUUCAAAAAGCAUGAAUACAUGAUUUAUAAUUUGCACACUGUAACGGUAAUUUUUUCAGAGGAAAUAAAGUCUGUUUUCAGUGCCU